AUGCUAAGGAUUGACCAGGAACGUUUAUUGUUAGCGAUUGAAACUGUCGCCGAAGCGAACAAAAAACGAGAUUUAGUCGAAUUAAUGAACGAAGCAACUCAUUUCGAUGGUGAGAAAUUUGACGAUGGUGCCCUGUUAAUAUCUCAACGAUUGGAUGCAGCAGUGUCAAAUACCAAUAUGCAAGAAUAUGAGAAGGCAAGAGCAGAUUUUGGCUCUUUACUACAUACUGUGCAAGAUUUUUAUAGUCACUCGAAUUGGAUUGAAAUUGGACAUCGAGAACCAAAUAAGGGAAUCGGAAAAUAUCAAAUUUUGGGCAGAUAUGCAUCAAAAGAAAUGCGAACAUGUGUGGAUUGUGUAGGUGACUCAUGUCAAAAUAAUAUUGAACCAUCAUUAAAUGAAAACAACGUAUUAACUAGUGGAUACUUUAGUGUUAAUGUCAUAGGUCAUUUAUUCAAUACGAAUCUAAAACCUACCGGAAAGUGUAGCCACGGCGGUUUGUCAGAUGUAACUACAUUCACAGAUGCCAAAGGAGGUGGCAUCAACAAAGACACACUGAAAUCCGAUCACGGUUAUCUACAUACCACAGCAGCGGCUGUCGCAUACGUUGCUACAAAGCAAAUAUUUCAUGAAUUUUGGGAAAAAAUUGGGAACGCAUCAUUCGGACAGUUUAUUGGCUUGUCUGAAAACCUACGUAAUCUAUCAUCGAAUAGCUUGAUCAUCGUUAUGGAUACCACUGCUAGCAUGGGACCGUAUAUUGCCAUGGCCAAACAGAUUGCUAUUGGCAUUGUGAAUAUUCACCAGACAUUAGAAUACAAACCGUACAAUUAUAUUCUGUCACCGUUCAAUGAUCCAGCAUGGGGACCAUUGACGAUAAGCCUUAGUCCGGAAGAAUUUAGAAAUAAAAUUGGUUAUCUUGCUGCUAGCGGCGGUGGCGAUAUUCCAGAACUAUAUUAUCAUGGAAUUCUCGAUGCACUCAAAGUCUGUGAAAUCGGAUCCUCGCUCUAUGCGUUUACUGAUGCAUCAGCGAAAGAUGCCUAUUUGAAGAGUCAAGUUAUACAACUUGCAAAAGAGAAGCGUGUCACCAUUACAUUAUUCUACGCAAGAAACUCGCGAAAGCGUCAAAUUGGUGAUGUAGGGACUAAAGUUGGUGAUAUUAUUGAAGAUUUAUCCAUUAGUAAUGGUAAUGAUCUGGCAUCCAUCACUGGUGGUGUAAUCAUGAGUAUCAACGCUCAAUCGUUGAAUGUAACACAAGAUUAUAUCAUUGAUCGUCUUGACGUCAAUAAACACAAGACCAUCAUUUUUGCAAGAGGAGCCCGUUUGAAUUUGACAUUUUACGUUGAUUCAUCAAUGAAAUCACUACGUAUUGAAGUAACAUCCAGUAAUUCUUUGACAGGGACUGACUUCCGCCUCAUUAAACCAUCGGGAGAGAUUCUGUCACCAAAACCAUCAUCUCAAACACCAUACGUGCUGAUUUACACAUUUCCGCUAGAACAUAGUGAUGUAGGACAAUGGAUGAUCGAUUCGUCUAUGUCUGUUGUUCAUAAUGUUCAAUUGAAUGCUGUCAGCAACGUAUCAUGUUCAUCAACACUACAGAAACAAUUAGUUGACUCAUCGUCGAAUAUCAGUUUCGUAUCAUUAACGAGUAAACCAAUCCAAGGAGAAACAGAUUUAUAUGUUUUGACUUUGUGCGAUAAUUUACCUUCGAGUCUUGUCACUGGUGAAGUGCAUCUGAUGGAUGCCAACAUGGGAACAACUUUAGCACGGAUAUUAACGCCAAUUCAAGUUGCAUCUACUGGUUUCCUAUCAAAAAUUGCCGUUCCCAGCGGUGAUUUUCGUCUUAAAACAGUCGUUCAUUUACAAGAUGGCUCAAUAGUUCAACGACAGGAAAAAAGUGUUAUAUCACCAACACCAAUUUCAUUAAGUAUCGACAAUCAGCCAUAUCGUGUUCUUCUUAAUGAAACAGUAGUCAUGAAUUACACAAUUUAUAAUCACGGUCAAAAUCAACUGCAAAUUAAUCUACGUGUAAAUGAUGCCAUCGGUCUUCUCUCCUCUAGUGGCAUUCUGAAAGCUUAUGACAUCGCUGAAAUGAGUAAUAUAAGCGACACAAUUCAAAUGAGCACAACAAAACUUAGUGAAAUCAGUUCAAACUCUACUGCAAUGACAGAUUUAGUUGUAUUUAGCAUUGCCGCACUUACUUUCGAAUAUGACGAGACGGUAUCGGUGUACAUUCAAGAACAAAAUGUUCCUCUCACAAACCAGACUCAUUAUCAAGAGCCAUCGCGACCGCCACCAAAUGGUGUUAACGAGCGACCAGGAUUAUUUCUGAUGCAGUUUGUUUUAGUCUUCGUCAUUGGAUUUUAUCAAGUUUAUGGUUGA